AAAUCUCCCACCUGAAUUCUUCUUCUCUCGCUCGCACGCUCCCUAUUCCUCUCCUCUUUCUCGCUGGACACCUCUCCCUGUCUGUCGCUCUCACUGCUCCUAUACCAACCUCCUCUGGCUGUCCGUCCGUCCGUUGUGCAGCCUUAUCUCGUACUCCUCAUCAGACCUUCGUCCGGCUGUACCAACACCUCCAGGGAUUGGCCAUAAUUCCCAUAUAUAUAUAUGCUGAAAACGGCGAUUGAAACAGUGUUGACCAUAUAGAAAGAGUAGAAGGGAGAUUGUCAGUGCUGAAGAUGCCUCUCAAAAAGGAACUCUGCAGAAACUUUCAGCGUGGAAGUUGCCAAUACGGUGAAAGGUGCAAAUUUCUUCACGUCGCUCCACAACAGCAGCAAAAACCUAAUAAUAAUGCCUUUGGAUUGGGCUCACAGCAGCUGCAGCACCAGCAGCAGAAUCGGUUUUCUAAUCCAUUUGGAUUUGGGGUUCAAUCUAAGUCCCCGAAUGAUUUUGCAAAUAAGCAGCAACAAUUCAAGCCUUUUGAAAAUAAAUGGACUCGUUUCUCACCCAUACCAAAUGGUGGUACACUGCCUCGACAGCCAGAUAAUCAACCUCAGGCAGUGAAUCAUAAUUGCACGGAUCCUGACUCUUGCAAACGUCUGAUUGUUGAAGAUUUUGAGAAUGAGAAACCACUCUGGAAGCUUACAUGCUAUGGUCACUCGAAAAAUGGUCCUUGUGACAUUGUUGGGGAUGUUAGUUAUGAAGAAUUGCGGGCUGCUGCAUAUGACGAUUCUAAGCGUGGAAUGAGCUUGCAGUCAAUUGUUGAGAGAGAGAGAAAUUCACUUAAUUCCAAGUUGACCGAGUUUGAGAACUUGCUUCGUAAUCCUUAUAUAGCACCUCCAAAGUCUGCUCCUAGCCCAAGUCCAUUCCCUGGACUCACUUCAAAUGCAAUCUCAACUACUGGUGAAAAGAAUGUGCCCCCUGCAGUGUCCAGUUUCAGUCAACUGGGUGCAUCACUUAAUAUAGGGUCCACAACAAGGCCUUCUACAACAUUAAAUAAUGCCUUUGGGCAACCAAAUCUCCUUCCAAAUUCUAGCCAGACUUCCAAUGCAUUUGGAUUUGGAGCAAGACCCUCUGCAUCAUCAAGUAAUGCUUUUGGGCAACCAGAUAUUAUCUCUCAUUCAAGCCAAACCUCGCGUGCAUUUGGGACAAACAGUUUUGCACCUGCAAAUGCUGUUUCAACAGAAAUGGCUAAUUCGUCUAGCGCUCUGCCUACUAUCAUUUCUGAUGCACCUAAGUCAGCUUCUAAUGCUGGUGGGCCAGUAACUAAUCAUAUUCAGUCAGUAAAUGGCAUGCAAAAAGGAAUUGUUUCAAGGGAUGCAAGUAUUUGGUUAAAAGAAAACUGGAUCCCUGGAGAGAUCCCUGAAGAGGCACCUCCGGAUCAAUAUAUUUAACAAGGUGCAUUCCCUUUUCUGAUAUGUAUUGUAUAUCAUCAGUAUAGCUGAUGAGCUAUGAAGUACAACAACUUGGGAGUUUAUGGUUUAAUCACUGCAUACUGGGAAUGAGGCUCUACAUAUAGAGGUAGCAAGUGUCCUGGAACAGAGUUGGUUGCUGCUUUAGUCGAUUUGAACCAUUUAAAGAGUAUUUGGGACUUAUGAAAUUAAAUUAAUUAUUUGUUUAGGCAAUUGGGUAUUGCUCAUAUUAAGCCACAGUUUACUGAGUGCUUCUGAGAUGAAUUUUGCUGUCCUAAUUCGAACGACUAAAAUUAAUUAUCCAUGGCCAUCCAAUAAUACGCCAACUUCUUGUAA